AUGCAGAACAGUGUCAAUCGCCUCUCUCAGAUAUUCGUUCGGCCAGUCAGAGGAAUCCACAAUCCUACAUCGGGGCUUGUUUUCGAUUUAAUCAAAUGCCUAAUUCAACGGAACUUCUGCUAUGCGACGCAAGACGUGAGAGACUCGUACGAUCUCGUUAAGCAGACUCUUUGGGACGACGACUGCCACAGAUUGAUCCUUAUUGCUCACAGUCAAGGAGGCAUAGCGACUAGCCUUAUCGUUGACUGGCUCGUGGGUGAGAUAUCUCAGGGGCAUCUGCAGAAAUUGGAAAUUUACACCUUUGGCAAUGCCGCGAACCAUUUCAAUAAUCCACGCCGGCUGUUUCCAGGGGAAGACGGUCAUAUUGGCGUGCCGCGGCCCAAAGACCGAGGACCCGCAGCCGGCCAAUUCCGGCUGUCUAUUAAUCUUCCAGCAUUGCCUCAAGGUGCUCAACCGCAAGCGCAGGUGAGGGCCCAUCCACGAUCAUUCAGCAUGCAUCAUAUAGAGCAACGCACAGCUGCGUCACCACCGUCACCUAUUACCCCUCUAAUCGCGGGGAAUGGAGUCGAUUGGCGACGCUUUCCCUUCAUCGAGCAUUAUGCCAACUCGCAGGACUUCGUGUGUAAAUGGGGAGUUCUGCAUUUCAUUCACCUGAGAAAUCGCUAUCUCGGUCAUCUCUUCCUGAGGCAGGGUACUGGCCACCUUUUUAUCCAGCAUUAUCUUGAUACCAUGUUCUCCCUGAAUCCGGUGGGGCUUGCAGGUACCCAUGAUGCUUUCAUGGCCUCGAUAGGGAGGAAUCCCAUCAAUCUUGGAGCAGCGGGCCACUCCUGCUACCACAAUGAUCCGUACUGGCACCUAAGUCGCUUGUGGAGAUAUCGAGACGGCGGUUUGCCGCUGGAUAAUUAG